AAUCCAGAUCCUUUUUCUCACUCUACACACAGUCAGUACAAAAACUGAGUCCUGUUUCUUUUCUUUGCUAUGUACUGUCUAUGUCCAUUAAUUGCCAUUGUUGUGUUAUUUAUUUGAGUGUAACUAUUCAAGUCAAGUGAAGUUUUGAACAGAACAAUAUAGAGGGUGGUCCAUAUAGGGUCCAUUUUGACUUGAUAAGAUUGUAAACUUUGCAUUCACAACACCUUUUAGAUAAAAGGGUGUGUGUAUUUGUGUGUGUUUUAGUGUGUGUUGUGUGGGGAUAUAAAAAGAGGUGUGAGGGGAAAUAUGCAGCAGCACCUGAUGCAGAUGCAGCCCAUGAUGGCAGCUUACUAUCCAACAAACGUCACUACUGAUCAUAUUCAACAGUAUUUGGAUGAGAACAAAUCUCUGAUUCUGAAGAUUGUUGAGAGCCAGAACUCUGGGAAACUCAGCGAAUGUGCAGAGAACCAGGCUAGGCUUCAGAGGAAUCUGAUGUACCUUGCUGCUAUUGCUGAUUCUCAACCUCAACCUUCUAGCAUGCAUUCUCAGUUCUCUUCCGGUGGGAUGAUGCAAGCAGGGACACACAAUUACCUGCAGCAGCAACAAGCCCAACAAAUGGCAACACAAUCACUCAUGGCUGCAAGAUCCUCCUCAAUGCUCUAUGGACAACAACAAUUAUCACCAUUUCAACAACAACAACUUGGCAUGAGCUCUGGCAGUGGAAACAGUGGACUUCAUCACAUGCUACAAAGUGAAUCAUCACCUCAUGGUGGUGGUGGUGGAAAUGGUGGUUUCUCUCAUGACUUCAGCCGUGCAAAUAAGCAAGACAUUGGGAGUACUAUGUCUGCUGAAGGGCGCGGCGGAAGCUCAGGUGGUGAUGGUGGUGAGAAUCUUUAUCUGAAAGCCUCUGAUGAUUGAAAUUAAGCUUUACUAGUUUAUUUAAGGUAGUAGUAAUGAUAGGAAGGAGGUUUUAGUUUUUUCUUGUCAACUAAUUUACGAACAAUAUUUAGUUGGGCAAGAAUUUUGAUGAAAGAAUUGUGUGGUUAAGUGAUGGACUUGUGUAAUCUGUGUGUUGUUAAACACAAAGGUGACCUUUUUUUGGUUGUA